CGCGUUUCGUUCCUACAUCAACUUCAAAAUUGAGGCGAUAACAUGGCGGUCGCUCUCUACAUCACAACCUGAGUGCUCGUAUUAUUUUCUCUCGUUCUCGGUCCCGUGUUGGAUUACGACGCGUGACGUACCCGUUGGUUAACAUUUGCAUGCAUCUCCUGCAGCCACCAAAAUGCGACAAACGUCCCCAUCCCAGGAUUUGGAGGCCCGCUUCUCCGUCUUCCUCAACCCCAUUCGUGACCUGACCAAAAACUGGGAAGUGGACAUAGCAAAGUAUCUAGAGGAGUACCUUGAGGAACUGGCAGAAGUACAAAUUACUUUUGAUGGAGGGGAAACAAUGAUGAACUUUGCUGAGGCAGCCAUGUUGAUUCAAGGCUCAGCCACCGUUUACAGCAAAAAGGUGGAGUUCCUCUGGCAGAUGGUGCUGCAAAUGUUGGACCUGCUCUCCAGCAGGCGGAGUGUGGAGAUGGGUGGGCCAGCAGGUGGGAAGGAUCUAGGGGGAGGUGGAGGAGGCAAAGCCAUUCUUGACGCAAGCAUUGAGUUUCAGUCAGUAGACAACAUCAGGGAGGGACGAAACAUCAACAUGCGUGAGGAGGACGAGGUGGAGGAGGAGGAGGACUAUCGCCGGAAAAACUUCAAAAGAGGAAUGGCUGUGUAUAACGUGGGCUCAGCUCAGCAGCCCAGGUAUAUUUGGAUCAGUCGAGAGAAAAGAAGAUUCAUGCCAGCCACGCCCCUUCACCUGGUGGAGAAGGAAGGUGAGAAGUCCCAGUACCGUAUCAACCUACUGAUGAAGAACAGCGAGGUGUUUGGUGCUAAAGACGACUUCAGAAUCAACAGGUCGUAUGUCACACCCAUGGGUAUGCUGUGCCUUGAGGUGCCGGCAGAGAUCCUGCGUGAGGCAGCCAAUGUCCUCUUUGUCCCCCCGACUGUACCUGAGCCACAGAAAGAAAAUGCAGAGGCAGGGGAGAAGCUCGCAGAACCUGGAAGCAACAAGGAAAUCCCAUUUACUCCAAUGGAUCCUCCUGCAGCUGAGCUUUUCCCACCCGAGCCUAAUGUGCCUCAGGGACCCGUGGAAGCAGAAGCAGAUGACGAUGUUGGGGUUGAGGCAGAUGAUGGGGCAGUGGACUUGGAUGAUGACCUGGGGCCAGCCUUACAGGAGGAAGAGCAGCCCAUGGAGGUGGAGAAAGAGGUAGAAGAGAAGAAGGACAAGAGUAAAGAUCAGGAGAACAAUAUCAACAACAAUUUGACAGUCAUUGACCUCCCCAAUGGAAGGUAUGGACUAAGACGGCGAGGAGGGCAGGAGAAGGAAGUCAUAGCCAAGUUGACGUUAACAGACACCUGGAAGCCACAAGACCCCCAUGCGGUGACCCCUGCCAAACGGCCUAUAAGAGCGGGGCGCCUGCGGAAGCCCCUGCCGUGCACCUGUCACCGGACUACCCCAUCCCGAUCUCGUCCAAAGAAGGCAAAGAGCAAAGAGAACAAGGAGAACACAGAAGAUGAUGAGAAGAAGGUGGAGAAGAGUCUUCCAUCCAUUGAGACGUUUGUCACAAAUGGCAUAGUGGAUACGUCCAGCAAAAACAGGAAGGUACCUCUGGAGCUGCAGGAGGAGGCCGAGUCGGAGGCUGCGAAAAGGCUUGAACUGAGCAAGAAGAAAAGAGUGAAGGAGCUGCUGAAGGAUGGUAUUGCCGCUGACCCAGAAGAGGCAGCCCAGAAGGUGUUGGAGGAAACCCAGGAGAAGCAGAGAAUAGAGAAGGAGCUGGAUGACCCUGUUGACUGUGAUGGAGCAGCUGAUUUAGAUUUCGAAGAUCUUCCUGCACCUCCCAUGUUCUUCCCUGAACCCCAUGAUGGCACAAGAGACGUUGAAGGUGGCAGUGGAAAUAAAAGAUUGAACGAGAGUCAGUUUGACGAGCCAGGGAGUGACUACGAAGCCCUUGUGCAAAAGUGGGUUGCUGAUUACAUCACUACUGCCCAGGGGCAAGUGAAUUCCUCAGAACUUGCAAGAAGAGUUAACAAAUGGAGAGAAAAUAUUACCCCUAAGUUAAAUGAAGAAGAAGGGAGAAAAACAUUCGACAUACAUAGCUAUGGAUCACAGGUGCUAAGUUAUUUCCCAGAAAAUGGACGGAAGCAAACGGUGCCAUUUAGUCAGAUUGCCCAAAAUCAUGACACAAAGGAAGUUUCUCGCCUGUUUCUUUCAUGUUUGAUGCUGGCGAAUACCUAUAACAUCGAGCUGAGCGAAGAGGAGCCAGGAGACUUCGCCAUGGACUGUUUACACCUGACUCUCCUGUCUCGAGUGAGGCACCACGAGGAGCUGGAGGAAUACGCAGCCCCUUCCCAAGCCUCCCCCUCCAGGCGAAAGGGACGAACCAAAGGCAAAUCGGCAACAGAGGAUGACCUUGACGUGUACCCUGCUGACCCUUCUCCCAUUUGUGCUGACAUAACACAGAAAACUUUAGGUGACAACUUCCAGAUCAGUUCCAAACAGUCAAAGAAGGGUAAAGUGAAAACAAAGAGAUGACCAGAAUGACGAGUCAGUUUUCUUCCUCUCAAACUAAACCUCAUUUCUCUCCAGUAUAAUUACUUAGUGAAUUACAGUGCCUUAUUUGAGAGUUGUAAUAAUCAUUAUUUUUCAUAUUUUCUUAAUAAUAAAUGCACGUAUGUAGCUGGUGUUUUUUAUUCCACUUUUCUCUCUCCCUUACUCUGUCCCCCUUUUUCGUUCUUUCUUUCUCCUGUGUGUAGCAGCUGAAAUUUUAACAGGGUUGAAUAGUAAAAUGUUUUAUAUCUGCAAUGAGUAAGACAAUAAGUACUCUAGGGUUGCAGGCUUUUUGCACUUGAUAUUCAAGUUUAUUUUGAAGUAAAAGGAAAACAAAAAUAAACUUGGGGUUUUGAUUGCUCAAGACUUACAGAAUGAUUUAGUGUACAAAAAUAUCCUUGGGGAUAGACAAAAAAAAAAAUCUUCAAAGGAAUUUUUAUUUUAUGGGCAGAUACUGUUUUGAUUAUCUAUACAAAUAUUGCCUUGUCACUAAUAAUAUGUAAUCACAGUAUUAAAUUUUGUUUGUGAUUAAUGCAUUAACCCAUAGCUCAGCUGUCUUGUACUUCCUUCUUAUCCCCCCAACUUGUCCCAGAUUAAAGAAAAUUUAGAUAUUUCCAGUCUUGUACAGUACUUCACUAUAAGCAGUAGGACCAUAUCUUUGCCUAAGUUUUGUUAAAUGUUACAUAUGCAAUAUCUAAAUCAAAUGGCCCAUCAUUUCUUUGUUUUUUGUAAUUGGAAUCUCAGUGUCCCUCUUCUCUACUGUUUUUAUAUUUUAUCCCUGGGUAAAGGUGAACUUCAUGUUUUUUUUAUCAUUAUUGACACCUUUUAGUAUUUACUUAGUAUUUCAGUGCGUAAUUAAUCUGGCUUGAAAUAGCACUUUGUUAUGGGGCCUCACAUCAAAUUGUAUUGUAAAUCUGGUAUUAAAAUUCUAUACUAUGCAUAUAAGUAAAUAAAUGUUCAUGUCAAUAGUAAUAGAUUUGAGGGUUUCUUUUGUACUUCUCUCUGUAGUGUGAUCAAGGCAUACCUGUACAUAGAUAGAAAAACUGUCUUGAGAUAUUGGCAACUAAGAUUUAUAUACAUAUGAAUGAAGAUUUUAUGCAGCAUACACAUUUUACCCGAUUCUUUUCAGCAGUGCAGCAUCAUACUCAAAUUGUGAUUGUAAAACAAAAAUAGUAAAAUAGUUAUAAUUCUAUUUUUUUAGUGUUGUUAUAUUUCAGGGUCUUCAGUGAAGCCCGAAAAGAAACUACAAAGUCAUAGGAAAUAAACACAAAAUGCUUUAUCCUAAAGCAGUAAACCUAUGUGCAUUUAUAUGCAAAAUUAUUUUUUCAUUGUAUGCUAUAUUUCUUCACUUUUUUCAAUACCGAGAUACCCUUCCAGAAAUUAGACAUAUUAAUAGUUUAUCUUCCCUUAUUUUGGAUAUAUUUAAUGUUUGUUCAAGACUUUAUAAAGUUACAGGGUAUUUAAUUUUCUUUUGGUAAUAUAUAUGCUAAAGUUUACAUCCCAGUACAAAAGAGAGAGUUAACGAUGCAUUUUUUGUUUCAUUCCAUGUCAGGUUUAUAAACAGCUAGAAUGUAAUACAGUUGUUGCUUUUCUCAACCAGAAGGAAGAGUGAAAUUUAUAAAACUUCAGAAAAACAUCUUACAAAAAAAAAAAAAAAAAA